CUGGGAAAUUAAGAAUAAUGUGGAGGCUGAAGAUUGGGGAGGGUGCAGAUGACCCAUAUCUGUUUAGCACAAACAACUUUCUGGGGAGGCAGACAUGGGAGUUUGAUCCUCAUGCAGGUACUCUUCAAGAGCGAGCUGAGGUUGAAGAGGCUCGCCAAAAUUACCGCAAAAACCGAUUUCAGGUCAAGCCUAGUAGGGACCUCCUCUGGAAAAUGCAGUUUUUAAAAGAGAAAAAUUUCAAACAAACGAUUCCUGCAGUGAAGAUCAAGGAGGGCGAGGAAAUGACACAUGAAACUGCAACAGCUGCAAUGAAGAGGGCUGUCCAUUUCAUUUCAGCCUUGCAAUCAAGCCACGGACAUUGGCCUGCUGAAAAUUCUGGCCCAUUGUUUUACCUUCUUCCUCUGGUCAUGUGUCUGUAUAUUACUGGUCAUCUUAAUGUUGUAUUCUCUAUGGAACAUCGCAAAGAAAUUAAGCGUUACAUAUACAAUCAUCAGAACAAAGAUGGUGGGUGGGGAUUACACAUAGAGAGCCCCAGCAACAUGUUUUGUACGGCUUACAACUAUGUGAGUUUGCGGCUGCUUGGAGAAGGACCAGAUGGAGGUGAAGACAAUGCCAUGGCUAGCGGAAGAAAGUGGAUUUUUGACCAUGGGGGUGUAACCAAUAUACCUUCUUGGGGAAAGACUUGGCUUUCGGUACUUGGUGUUUAUGACUGGUCUGGAUGCAACCCAGUACCUCCGGAGUAUUGGAUGCUUCCUUCUUUUCUACCCAUACAUCCAGCGAAAUUAUUGUGCUUCUGUCGCGUUACGUAUAUGCCUCUAUCAUAUUUGUAUGGGAAAAAAUUCGUCGGCCCCAUAACCCCUCUCAUUUUACAGUUGAGACAAGAACUCCACAUUCAACCGUACCACAAAAUUAAGUGGAGUGAAGCGCGUCAUUUAUGUGCACAGGAGGAUAUGCACUAUCCCAACCCUUGGAUACAAGAUCUGGUGUGGGAUUGCAUGUACAUGUUUACGGAGCCUCUUCUGACCCACUGGCCCUUCAACAAGUUGAGAGAGAAAGCUCUUCAAAAAAGUAUCAAACACGUGCAUUAUGAAGACGAGAGCAGUCGGUACAUGACCAUUGCAUGUGUAACGAAGGCAUUGGUCAUGCUUGCUUGUUGGAUUGAAGACCCCGAAGGCGAUUCGUUUAGAAAGCAUCUUGCACGGAUCCCAGAUUACCUGUGGGUUUCAGAAGAUGGAAUGAAAAUACAGAGUGUGGGUAGUCAAUCCUGGGAUGUUGCUUUUGUCAUUCAAGCUUUGCUUGCUAGCAACCUCAUUGCUGAAAUUGGACCAACACUUAUGAAAGGACACGACUUCAUAAAGAAAUCCCAGGUCAGGGAUAAUCCUCCAGGUGACUUUAAAAAAAUGUUCCGCCGCAUUUCCAAAGGAUCAUGGACUUUUGUUGAUCAAGAUAAUGGAUGGUCCGUUUCUGAUUGCACUUCAGAAAAUAUGACGUGUUGCCUACUGUUCUCAAUGAUGCCAUCAGAAAUUGUUGGUGAUAAAAUAGAAGACGAUCGUUUGUAUGAUGGUGUCAAUCUCAUACUCUCUAUGCAGAGUAAAAAUGGCGGUGUAUCAGCAUGGGAGCCAGCAGGAUCUCCAUCAUGGUUGGAGUUGCUUAAUCCUGUGGAAUUUCUCGAUGACAUGGUCGUUGAGCAUGAGUAUAUUGAGUGCACCUCCUCUGCGAUACAAACUCUAGUUUUGUUUAAAAAGUUACAUCCUGAGUAUCGGAAGAAAGAGAUAGAAAAGUUUAUUGUUAGUGCCGUACAAUUUGUUGAAGACGCACAAAACCCCGAUGGCUCAUGGUAUGGAAGUUGGGGAGUUUGCUUCACAUAUGGUACAUGGUUUGCGCUUAAAGGUUUAGCUGCUGCUGGAAAAACUUAUUACAACUGUCCGGCUAUGCGCAACGGGGUUAAUUUUCUACUGGCAACCCAAGGAGAUGACGGUGGAUGGGGAGAGAGUUACCUUUCAUGUCAACGCAAGAAAAUUAUACCACUUGAAGGAAGAAGAUCACACUUGGUACAAACUGCUUGGGCUUUGAUGGGUUUAAUUCAUGCUCAGCAGGCAGAAAGAGACCCUACUCCUCUCCACCGUGCUGCAAAGCUGUUAAUCAAUUCUCAGAUGGAGGAUGGUGGAUUCCCUCAACAGGAAAUGACAGGUACUUUCUUUAAGGGCGGCAUGUUGCACUAUUCAGCAUACUGCAAUACUUUCCCCUUAAUGGCUCUUGCAGAAUACUGCAUGCAUAUUCCUCUGCCGUCCGAAGGCGUUUAGUACAACCCAGAAUCAAUAAAUCAUGACUGAUAUAACGAAGCAAAUAAACGUUAAAAACAGUCUGCAUGAUGCUUGAGUGUGUAACAGUUUGAUAAGGGUAAUCCUUUCUACCUGCGUGCUUCUUUGAUCUCAUGACGGCUAUUCCGGUGCUGGUCUUUGGAGGAUGAUGUGACCUUUGUCCUCACCAAUUCUAGGUUUCUUGAUGGUUUGAUCUCAGGUGAUAGUGGAGGGUGGUCAAUCGUGACUGUUUUGUGCUAGGCUCCAAGGUUGGUCUUGGGCCUUUGUCUUCUGUGUGUUGUGGCCUCUUUUCUUUUGCUGUGUUGAUAUGAUUUUGUGCCUUUGUUGUACUUCUCUUGUAGGUAAUGAAUUUUACCAUUUGACCCAAAAAUAAAAACAUUGGAUAAUUUGAGCUGA